AAAAGGCCAUUGUAUGGAGAAAGAAAAUUGUGUGGGAAUAGAAGCUACCAAUUGUCACCUAAAGUGUAACGAAAAUAUUAGCAAUUGUAUUUCUUCCUUGCUUGCGGCUCCUGUUCUCGGAGGAGUCCUUGUUGGGUCUCCAUCGACCGUCGGAGAAGAAAAAGAAGAAUCCACAAAAUGCUUGGAAUUUCAUACGGAGAACUCUUCCUUUUACUUGGAGCCACUGCUGCUCUCAUCGGUCCGAAGGAUCUCCCAAUUAUAGCCAGAACCGCCGGCAAGUUAGCUGGCCGUGCCAUCGGAUACGUUCAAUUGGCUCGCGGCCAAUUCGAUACUAUCAUGCACCAAACUCAAGCUCGCCAGGUGCACAAAGAACUGCAAGAUACAAUUGCUCAACUAGAAGCCAUACGUCAUGAAAUUCGAACCGUCUCUUUCAUGAAUCCUGGUCCAUUGACUCGGAGGCUAGUGGACAAUCUUGACCAAACAUCUGCUGCUAGUGGUAAUAAUGAACCUGAAAAACCUGACACAGCGAACAGAUCAACCACCCCAGACGCUAAGAAUUAUAGCUCAACAAACUCGGGAUUUUCUGAUAUGCACAGCCAAGCAACAGCUUAUGCGAAAUUGGCUGAAUCAACAGCUAUAAACUCUGAGUCAGUGGAAAGUAAUGAAGUUAUUAAUGAGCUAACUGAUGAAUCCCGUAUCUGCCAAAAGCACCGGAUUACUGCCAGAUCGCAAGGUAUGUCAUACCUUAAUACAUUUGCAGUAUUUGUUUCAGUAAUUGCUUGUUUGCAUGAUCAGUGUCUGUAUGUGCAUAUGUUAUUUAUACAUCAGCAACUUGUCUUUUCAUUAUUUAUUGCAUUUGGGCUUUCCAUCACUCUAAUGGAAAAUGUUGUUGCUAACAGAAAUGACAUUAUGCAAAAAGAAAUUGGCAUUCAAGCUCCCACACAUUUCUUCUGUAGUGAAUUGGAAUUGACGAAGCCUGUAACUGAAGGUUGCAAAUUUCAGUCCUUGGAUUAG